AUGGACGCAGAGGUCGCGCGGCAGACGGCCGAUGCUGCCGCCAAGGAGGCCAGCCUCAACGAGCUCAAGACCAAGACGAAGGCCUUCGCCGAUGCCAUGACCGCCGAGAAAAAGCAGCUCGAAGCCUCGCUCGCGACCGCCAAGGCCGAGCUCGCCGACAUCAAGGUCAAGGCGACGGCCUUCGCCGACAACGUCCACGCCCAAAUCGUGGCCGAGAAGGACCACGUGCAUGCUCUCGAGUCGCAAGUACAGGCCAAGGAAGCUAAGCUCGUGACGCUCAAGGCGCAGCCGGCGAGUCCGAGUCUCGACCAAGGUGCCAGCGAGGCCGUGGUCGUCGCCAAGGAGCGUGAGAUGCAGCAGCGACUCGACGAAGCUAUGGCGACCAUGCGAGCACAGGCCUUUGAGAAAGCACAGCUCGAGCAAGACGCGCGCAGCGCACAGGCGCAGGCCCAUAUGCGCGAACUCGAACAACUGCAAGCGACAAGCCUCGCUCAAGUCGACGGGCUCACAGCGCAGCUCGCGACUGCAUCGGCGCACGCACAGAGCCUCCAAGCCAACGCAUCGGCGGCCGAGAGCGCGAGUGCCAGCCGCGCAACCGCGCUGCAAGAGACGCUUCAGACGGUCGAAGGUCUUCUCGAGCAGCUCGCUCCGAUGGCGCAGGCGCAUGCAGGCGUCAGUAUGCGCUGCGACGAUAACGCAGCAGAGCAUCUCGAAGGUCGCGUGCAACGCCUCGAGGCCGAGAAGGCGACCCUUGAGAAGGACGAGGCAGCCAUCGAGACCGUGCUGCGUGACGACAGCAUCGCUCGAGACGGUCUCGUCGGCGCAGACACAGCUCUCGAUGUUGAUAACCUCUCGAUGCCAAUCGUCUCGUCGAACGUUGGCGUCGAAGCUGUCGAGGCGGCGAUCGCAACGGACGCGCGCAGCACUCCUCUCUUUCACGCUAUCUUGCGCGUGGCAGCUGAAGCCAACCUCCUCCCAGACCUUCCUCGGCGUAGUCAAGGCGAGCUCAUGGCUGUUGGUGACGUCGUCCUCCCCGACGUUGGCAUCUAA